AUGGCUACACCAACUACCUAUGUUGCCUCUACUGUGGUGUCAGUAGUAACGCCUUUGGCAUCGGCCCCCCCAGAAUAUAAUAGUGAGCCCGCCUGGAAACUUCCUGGUUGGGCUGAACCAGUGAUUGUGACUAGUAUCCUCUUCUUUGCCUGUUUUUACACUCGACGGAAAUAUUAUAGCGUCUUCAGUAGCAAAGCUCCAUACAAAUCCCUCCUUGACGCUCAAAGUUAUGAAUUCUCACCUACGUCCUCUCGAUCAUCUUCAUCCGGCGAUAGCUCUCCGUCCCGUGAAGGGCCUUGGUCAUCAGAUGAUGAAGACGAAUCAACUGGCUUCUCGACGUCUAAGAACCUACCAAAGCAGCGUAAUUGUUGUGGGGUAAUUAUUUUAACGCCGAACUCAUCACGAUUUGCCGAAAAUUGGCACUCUAGAGUGUUAUACAAGUUUCCUUUCCUCAUGGAAAUGUUCUAUUGGAUUCUCACGUAUGCCAUCUACCGAGUGUCGCAUAUUCUCUCACAGGAGAUGUUUUCAGACGAUAUUUGGGAUACAGCCCAGGCGAACGGACUGAGUGUAUUAGCGGCCGAACAGUUCACACCUUUGAGAUUUAUAUUACCGAUUCAGGAAAUUACUGUACAGAAAUGGUUCAUGAAUGGACACGAGGGGCUUUUGACAUUUCUAAACAAGGCCUAUGCGUUGAUUCACAUUCCAGGCUCUGUAUUCUUUAUCGCAUGGUACUACUACUCUGCCCCCACCCACUCCAUCUUCGCCACUGUCCGCCGCACAGUGACACUCUGCAACUUCCUCGCUUUCACAGUAUUCGCUCUAUUUCCCUGCAUGCCUCCCCGACUGCUUCCCAAGGAGUACGGUUUCAUUGACACUGUCCGUCGUGACGACGCCCAAAGUGUAUGGAUGAGCGGUAAAUUUGUGAACCAUCUUGCAGCAAUGCCAAGUAUGCAUUUUGGCUGGUCAUUUAUGAUCGGAUGUACACUCAUCUAUCAUUCCGGUGUCCUCGGAUGCGUCGGUCUCUCCUAUGGUGGAAGGAAGGGAAAAUCAGUGCAGAUAGUUGGAAAAUGGUGGAAGAUUUGGUACUGCGCGUUGGGAAUUGCAUACCCGACCAUGAUCCUAGUUACCAUCAUUGCAACGGCUAACCACUACUGGCUCGAUGCUAUCGCUGGCGGAUUAGUUGGAGCGGUUGCGUUACUGUGUAACCGCGUAUUUUUAGUUCUUAUACCACUUGAAGAUCUGCUUUUAUGGGUGCUCCGAAUUGAAAAGCCGAAACCGAAUUGUGGGACCAGCCGCCGCUAG